AUGAUAAAACUAAAUAUUUUCAAGUUAGCUAAAAUGGGGCCCAGCAAAGGUAAGGGGCCCCUCAUUGCGAAAUAUGCGCCUGUUGGUUUUAAGAAAGGAUUUGGAGCUAUAGGUUUAGGAAGACAUACGAAAAAAGGUUUCUUUAUAAUUAACAAAAUGCUGGUGCCGAAUUUUCGCGUUCCAGACUUGAGUGAUUGCAACUUAAAGCCUUAUGUCUCAAGAAAAACUCCUUUAAUUGUUAUGAAAAAGCAGUUGGGUCCCAAGAGAAAAAUCUUAAAUUGA